UCCUUGGAGCGGCUGUUUGGGACUGAAGCCAGGCAGCUGCCAGGCUUGCAACAGGGAGCGCAAUCUCUGGCUUGAUGGAUUUUGGCGGAGGAGAUCCAGGCAGCAUCUCAAUGAAGAUCCCCCCUUGAAGCAUCCCCUCUCCCCCUCCUUUCUAUUUCCUUCUCUAUGUGAGUGUGCCUGCAUGCAUGUCUAGAUGUGUCUCUCUCUCUCCUUUUCCCUGGAAGGGUUCCAGCUGCUGCUAACGUGAGCCAAAGCGUUAAUCCCGCAUCCCAGCUGCUAAUUGGGAGAUGGGCUUGAUCAGCAUGGAUUCCCCGUUACAUCCUGCGGACCGUUAAAUUUGCUUAGACAGAAGAGGAGGAGGAGGAGGAGGAGGAAGAGAGGAACUACGUGGGCUGAGGAAGCCAUGGCUGCUGCUGCCUAAAAAAGACACACAUACACACUGACACACACAAAUCCAGAAGGUAAAUCCUUCCUUUGUAGAGGGAUCCAACUUUAUUGCCAUGGCUGGUGAGAAGCAAGAGCUCAAGAGAAGCAUCUCUAUCAUUCCCUGCUUUGUGUUUGUGGAGCUGGUGAUCAUGGCGGGGACCGUGGUGCUUGCCUACCACUUUGAAUACACAGACACCUUCCCGGUGCAUCUCCAAGGCUUCUUCUGCUACGACAGUGCCUAUGCCAAGCCCUAUCCAGGUCCAGAAGACACCAGCCGAGCCCCUCCAGUCCUGGUCUACUCGCUUGUCACUGCAGUGCCCACUGUAACGAUUCUCGUUGGGGAACUGGCUGCCUUCUUUCUCCAGCCUGAACGACGCGAGGAGAAGACUAUUGUCUCUGGCGAGUGUUGCUAUUUCAACCCCCUUCUACGCCGCAUAAUCCGCUUUUUGGGCAUCUAUUCCUUUGGCCUCUUCACUACUACCAUUUUUGCCAAUGCUGGCCAAGUGGUGACCGGCAACCAGACUCCACAUUUUCUCUCCGUUUGUCGUCCCAACUACACAGCGCUGGGCUGCCAGCCCCCUCCGGGCAGCAUCUACGUGACUGACAAGGCAGCCUGUACUGGGAACCCUGUCUUGGUUGCAGCUGCCCGCAAGGCCUUCCCCUCCAAGGAUGCUGCCCUCAGUGCUUAUGCCGUGGCCUACACAGUGAUGUAUGUCACUCUAGUUUUCCGGCUGAAGGGUUCCCGCCUAGCCAAGCCCUCCUUGUGCCUGUCACUCCUAUGUCCAGCCUUCCUGGUGGGCGUUGUGCGUGUCGCCGAGUACCGAAACCACUGGUCCGAUGUGCUGGCAGGUUUCCUUACUGGUGGGGCCAUUGCCGCCUUCCUGGUGACUUGUGUGGUCAACAAUUUCCAGAGUACUCCACCAGCAACCAAGAAAGCACCCCCUCCUGAAAGUUUGCCCAGUGCUCCAGUGAUGGGCUUGCCCUGUGUUGACAGUUCCCUUGAUAAAUUAAGUGUGGCUCAGCAGGUGAGGGACCCCCCAGAAGAACAGGAGUUCUCCACGCUACUCACAAGAGGCCUGGAAAGGCAGCUAGCCCGAUCUCUCCGCCUGGCAGCUCCCGGCAGUGUGGCGGUGGCCCGCCCCUACGAAAAAUCAGAGAGGUUGAUGAUGAUGGAAGAGAAGACAGCUUGUGUGAAUCUGCCCAGAAUGCCAUCUACAAUGCAGUCCUGGGAUCUAGAAUCACAGAGCUGUGUCCGCAGAGAUCACCUGACCCCCAGCUAUGCCUCUUCCCCACCACCCCAGAUGUCCUUAUUCCCUCCCGGUCAGUCACCAGUGAAGUCUGACCAGAGGAGGAGUUCCUGGUCUUCUUGCAAUGGGAUUGGGCUUUUGUUGGGGGUGGGAACCUAAACCUCUUCUUACACUCCUAGUUUCCCACACUCUUCCUUGGACUUUCCUGGGAUCAGAAUUGUUGAUUGUCAUGACAUAUUUCUGAUUCUGUGAUAAUGAAUCUUCAACAUAACAUGGGGAGGGAUGGAGACAGAGAGAGAAAGUCCCAUAGGGUGUCUGGGAGCUUACAACUCUUUCAAGGGUCUUAUCUUGCUAUGAGAGGCUGGUGUGAGCAUCUUAGGGGGACUGGAACCUCUUGAUACUUCGACUAGAGUUUGGCUUCUUACUCUCUUUCUCCUUGCAGUGGCCUCUUGCUCUUCUUUAAGGUUUCCAUGUCGACCUGUAAGGUAUCCUUCUUCCCCCAACCACGUCUCCUCUAAUAAGAAGGUUAGGAGCUUUUUCUGAAUUAGUCAAGCUAAGGAGAUAUCAACUAGUACUUUGUGGUGGGGAGUGAGGUUAUGAUCAGAGUGGGUUGAGCGAGGGUUUUGACCUAAUUUUUUGUCCAGAUGGAAACCAGCGGCCAACACGUUGUGAGAAAUUAAGCUGAGAAUUCAGAAUUCAGUUCUUAAAAAGACACACAUUUUUCUGAAUCUAAGGUGCAAGUCAGGAAUUGUUUAGGAACUGAGUUUUGAGUUGCAGAGGGAAUAAAAAGGGUGGCCUUUAUGAAGGUGCUCUAGUGCUUUCUGCCAGUUGUAUGUAUCAGAAUAGAUCAUGGACAUCCAUGAGAAAUCAGGCAAUGAUGUCUUACAGUCUGAAAAGGAAUGGCUACCAGUGAAUAGAAUCUAGAAAAGGAAUGGCAACCAAUGGGAAGAAUGCAAUCUCUUCAAAAUCAAGGGCAGGGCACAAGAAGUAUGUGGGUGAGAUUAUCUAAGAUGAUUUUUCAGACGGAUUCUUCUUACAACUUUACUCUGAACCAAAACCCAUGUUCUUUUAUAUAAAGGAAGAGCAAAGCUGUCUGGGCACAAGCCAUGGCCUCUGAUGAGGAAAAAUCGCACUAGCACAGAUUGGGAAGCCCUUUGGCCGAGACCUUUGAAAGCCAGUGCCACUGCUGGGUGGAACAGAAAAUAAUAUGAUCUAGACAAGUGAGUGAUCUUACUCACCUAUUAAUAUACAUCUUGCUUAGCCUCCUAUAUUCACUUCCUACAGUCUCUAGAUCAGUGAUUCUCAACCUAUGGGUCCCCAGGUGUUUUGGCCAACAAUUCCCAGAAAUCCCAGCAAGUUUACCAGCUGUUAGGAUUUAUGGAAGUUGAAGGCCAAAACAUCUGGGGACCCACAGAUUGAGAACCACUUCUCUAUACCCUUAAUCCCAGGUGGUGUGAUUGUUCAGCACUGAAGGAAAUAGGCUCUGAGCCUGCAUGUGCUCCAGAGCAAGUUUUUUUUUGUUGUUGUUGUUGAACCCCUCUUUAUAAAACGGGUUGGGAUUGUGGCUGAAACUCUGACUAAAAUGAGUCAGGAACAACCACUGCCAUCCAAAACAGCGCUCAGAGGUUCUGUGUCAAAAGUCUCCAAGCCUACUAAAUUCAAUGUGUUGUCGAAGGCCUUCAUGGCCGGGACCACAGGGUUGUUGUGUGUUUUCCGGGCAGUAUGGCCAUGUUCCAGAAGUAUUCUCUCCUGACAUUUUGCCCACAUCUAUGGCAGGCAUCCUCAAAUGCUGUGUGGUAAAUGGAGAAACUAAGCAAGGAAGGUUUAUAUAUCUGUGGAAAAUCCUGGGUGGGGAAAAGAACUCUUGUCUGUUGGAGACCAGUGUGAAUGUUGUAAUUAAUCACCCCAAUUAGCAUUACAUGGCCUUCCCAGCUUCACCUCCUGGCCUGGGGGAAUCCUUUGUUCAGAGUCGUUAGCUGUCCCUGAUUGAUUCAUGUCUGAAAUUCUUCUGUUUUUAGAGUGUUGCUCCUUAUUUACUGUUCUGAUUUUGGAAUUUUUUUUAAUACUGGUAGCCAGAUUUUGUUUAUUUUCAUGGUUUUCUCCUUUCUGUUGAAAUUAUCCACAUGCUUGUGGAUUUCAUUGGCUUCUCUGUAUAGUCUGAUAUGAUAGUUGUUGGAGUGGUCAAGCAUUUCUGUGUUUUCAGAUAAUAUACUGUGUCCAGGUUGGUAUAUCAAGUGCUCUGCUAUGGCUGAUUUCUCUGGUUGAGUUAGUCUGCAGUGCCUUUCAUGUUCUUUGACUCGUGUUUGGGUGCUGCGUUUGGUGGUCCCUAUGUAGAAUUGUCCACAGCUGCAUGGUAUCCGGUAGACUCCUGCAGAGGAGAGAGGAUCUCUCUUGACCUUCGCUGACCGUAGCAUUUGUUGGAUUUCCUUAGUGGGUCUGUAGAUAGUUUGUAGGCUGUGUUUCUUCAUCAGUUUGCCUAUACGGUCAAUGGUUCCCUUGAUGUAUGGUAGGAACACCUUUCCUCUGGAUGGAUCUUUGUCUUUACUCUCCUGGCUUGCUCUUGGCCUUACAGCUCUUCUGAUGUCCAUGGUGGAGUGAGUAUCCAUUGGCCUGUAGAGCCCAGUUUAAGUAGUUCCGUUUCCCUUGGAGGAGGUGAGAUUCGCAGAUUCUUUGUGCACGGUCUGUCAGGGCUUUGAUUGUGCUUCUUUUUUGACUUGAGUGAUGGUUGGAAUUUUUAUGAAAGUAUAUAUCCAUGUGUGUAGGUUUUCUGUAAACUAUGUGGCCCAAUUGUUGAUUGGGUUUGUGGAUGACUAGAACAUCCAGAAAUGGCAGUUUUCCUUCCUUUUCUUUUUUUAUGGUGAAUUGGGUGUAUGCUGUUGAGGUGGUCCAGGAACUUGUUGAGUUCUUCUUCUCCAUGGCUCCAAAUGGUGAAGUUGUCAUCAACAUAUCUGAACCAUAUAGUUGGCUUUUUUUUUGGUGCUAUUUCUUUUUCCCUCCCGGGAUCUUCCUUGCUUAGUUUCUCCAUAUACCUCACAACCUCUGAAGAUGCCUGCCAUAGAUGUGGGUGAAAAGUCAGGAGAGAAUACUUCUGGAACAUGGCCAUACUGCCCAGAAAACACAUAACAACCCUACUAAAUUCCUUCAGCCCUUAGUCCUUCCUUCCUGCUAGUAGUAUUGGGCCUGGGGAUACAGUAGAAUCUCACUUUUCCAAUAUUCGCUUAUCCAACAUUCUGGAUUAUCCAACGCAUUUUUGUAGGCAAUGUUUUCAAUACAUCAUGAUAUUUUGGUGCUAAAUUCGUAAAUACAGUUAUUACUACAUAGCAUUACUGAGUACUGAACUACUUUUUCUGUCAAAUUUGUUGUAUAACAUGCUGUUUUGGUGCUUAAUUUGUAAAAUCAUAACCUAAUUUGAUGUUUAAUAGGCUUUUCCUUAAUCCCUCCUUAUUAUCCAACAUAUUCGCUUAUCCAAAAUUCUGCCGGCCCGUUUAUGUUGGAUAAGUGAGACUCUACUAUAUUUGCAUGUGGGUAUCACAAGGUGGCCAAAAGCAAAACAAGAAGACCUUUAUAAGUUGUGUUGUCGAAGGCUUUCAUGGCAGGGAUCACAGGGUUGUUGUAUGUCUUUCGGGCUGUGUGGCCAUGUUCCAGAAGUAUUCUCUCCUGACGUUUCACCCACAUCUAUGGCAGGCAUCUUCAGAGGUUGUGAGGUAUGGAUAAACUAGGCAAGGAAAGGAAAAAAAAUCUGUGGAGAGUCCAGGGUGUGGCAAGAGUCCUUUGUCACUGGGAAGCCAGCAUUAAUGUUUAAUUAAUUAAUGUUUAAUUAAUUAAUGCCACACCCUGGACUCUCCACAGAUAUAUAUUUUUUCCUAUCCUUGCCUAGUUUAUCCAUACCUCACAACCUCUGAAGAUGCCUGCCAUAGAUGUGGGCGAAACAUCAGGAGAGAAUACUUCUGGAACAUGGCCACACAGCCCGAAAGACAUAAAACAACCCUUUAUAAGUUGUCCCUGGUGGAGUUGUGUUCACUGUAUAGACCAACAUCUCCUUUCAAUCCUGUUCUGUUGUCGUGGCUUUCCAAAAUGGUUGUUAACUUGUUAAUGAAGAUUUUCAGAACUCUCUCCGAAGGACACUUCUGAGCAGUGCUGUGGACAGGAAAGCCAUGGUAAUAGCAACACUUUUCUCAAAUUGUUUUGAAUGCACAGUUCAGAUAACCUUCCCCUUGUUUCACCUCAUCGAAUCACUCCAUCCACCAGCCAAUCCUACUCUUCUUUAACUUCAUCUGUAAGCAUCUUGGCAGAGAAUAACCUCUUCACACUCCUCUGCCUCCCUUCCCCACUCGGUGAGUAAUUACCUUCUCCAGGGAGACUAAAGUACUCAUGUCUCUGAAAGACCAUUUGCGACCCUUCACACUCACUCCAGCCUAUGACUCUGCCUGGUGCUAACAGUCACAUGUUUACUAAUGCAGUGGCAUCUUUGGGUGGCUGCAUAGGACUUUGGGGGUGUGUCACACAAAGGUGGGUGGAUGACAGCUUCUUUGGAGAAGGGCAUAUGAGGAUAAGGGCCUAGGCUGCUGCCUCAAUGCUUGGAGUGAUGAAACACCCACAUAUUUAAAAAAAUGAUUUUAAUAAAGUGUUGUUUUAACAGCC